CUAAUAUGACGUCCUUCUUUUUGGUGUAAUGUCCUCCUUUUUGUUACUAUGAAUCUGGCCACCCUAGCUACAAAUCUAAUCGUAACUAUAACAUUUUGUCUGCAACCUGAAUGUCAGCUCAUCUUAACUGACGAAUCAGGAACAGAAGUGGAUGAAGAUAUUUUCGAGGAACUUGUGCAGCCAGGUGUACUGAACUUCAAGAUCUCAUUUAGACAACCAGUUAUAGAUCUGAAAGUCCAAAUUGUUAGUCAUGAAUCAGCUUCUUCUGUAGUGUCAGACACUCCUCUUUCCCCACUGUCAUCCAGUUCAUCCGACUCCACAGUCAUCCUUGAAUCAACAAAGAGAAGGAGGGUGACAGAAUUUAUGGAUCGGGAUCAAGCAAGACCGAUGGUUGAAGUAGUUCUCAAGGCCAAUCCAAAGGGUGAAGAAAUCUUCAUGGAGUAUGACAAGACUAAAACUCUAACAGAUGCAAAAUGGAAACAAAUGGUGAACAUCCUGGUUGCUGAUAUGAUCGAAACACAUGGGAGGAUUCCACCAUCAAGUGCACAGACGAAUUAUGCACUGGGAAUUGUGACGCUGUUUCCAUACCUCCAAGAUCCAUACUCUGAUAAUGGAUAUGAACACUACUACGAUCCUGUGGGUAACACUGGCUACCUAGCCUGGAGGAUUAACGCAACUCCUCUGUUGGCUCCCAGAGUCAUUCAAGGCCUUCUUAUGAGGAUAGUCCAAAAAGCAGACGAGAAGCUCUGCUAAGUGUUGAACAGCUGUUUGGUGAAGAGUGCAGGGAGGCUUU